AUACCCACCCUCCUCUCAGCCUGGUCUCAAUGUAGUGAUAUUUACCUCCUCUGCAAUUCCGGUCGUUCGGUUUCGUACAAGAUGGCGAGCCUGUCAUCCGCUCUUUUCGAAUACAAAUACCUUAUUCUCUGCGCCGCUGCUGCACUUCUAUGCGCAAGGCUGUGGAAGGGGCACGUCCAAUAUAAGAUUGACCAACAGUUCGCCGCGCAGCAUGGCUGCAAACCUCUCAAAGCUUGGAAGUCGAGUUGGCCCUUCGGCCUUGAUCUCCUUUCAAAAGCAUUACGUUACGCAAGGGAAGAGCGGAUUCUGCAGUUCUUCGUUGCCUUGGUCGCGGAGUCCGGGACGACGUUUGAGCAGAACCUCCUUGGUGCGCGGGGCAUCGACACAGUCGAUCCCCAGAAUAUCGAGACGAUCCUGUCGAAGGAUUUCAGUAACUACGGACUGGGUCUCCGUUCAAAACACUUCUACCCUCUGAUGGGCAGCGGCAUUUUCACCCAGGAGGGCGCAGAAUGGAAGCAUUCUCGCGAGCUCCUGCGCCCACAGUUCAUGUCGAAUAGGUUUCAGAACCUCGAGCAGAUAAAGCGAAGCGUCCAAGACCUCAUUGAGUGCAUACCUUCCUCCGGUAUCGUCGACCUACAACCACUCUUCUUUCGCCUCACCUUCGACACUACCACGUUCCUCUUAUUCGGUCGGUCCAUGUCGUCGUUAGCUUCCGAAGAAGUCGCCGGCCAGGAAUCCGAAUUCGCAGACGCCUUCAAUGUGGGCCAGGACUAUUUGGCGCACUUUGGGCGCUUGGGAGAUUUCUAUUGGGUGGCGAAUGACAGGGAGUUCCGGAAAGCAUGCGAUACUUGUCAUAAAUUCGUGGAUAAUGCGGUGAAGAAGGCUUUGGAAGACUCGAAGCGACAGACAACUGAGAUGGCGGAGCGGAAACACUACGUCUUUAUCGACGCCUUGAUCCAGGAAACUCAAGACCCAAAAGUGCUUCGGGAUCAAUGUCUGAAUGUCCUUCUUGCGGGACGGGAUACGACAGCGUGCUGCUUGUCAUGGACAUUCCGCCUCUUAGCUCGCCAUCCAAAGGUGCUGGAGAAGCUUCGCUCCGAGAUCGAAAGCACAGUUGGACUUGGCAAGAACGCACCGGAGCCGUCUCGAAACGACCUGAAGAAGAUGGCCUAUCUCGGCAUCGUCAUCAAAGAAGUGCUUCGACUAUAUCCUUCGGUCCCAGUCAACGGGCGCGCGGCACUCAAGACCACCACCCUCCCCGUAGGCGGCGGCGAAGACGGGAAAGCGCCCGUUCUAGUCCGUCGUGGUGAAGCGGUGGGAUAUUCUGUCUACGUAAUGCAUCGGCGGAAGGACAUAUACGGAGAGGACGCGGAAGAAUUUCGGCCCGAGCGUUGGGAAGGCGACGCUCUCAAAGACAUUGGUUAUGCGUACCUUCCAUUCAAUGGCGGCCCGAGACUAUGCCUUGGACAGGACUUUGCCCUCCUCGAGGCCUCUUAUACCAUUGUGCGUAUUCUCCAGGUCUUUCCUGAAAUCGGACUUUCGGAAGAGGAGGCGAAGGUGGGGGUGGGGAAAGAGAGGCAGGCUCUCACUCUUGUAGUUGCGAGUGCGGAGGGAUGCGUUGUGGAGCUCAAGCCUUUCGACGGAUAAUCUUAUCGGCACGACAAUGGCUGGUAAGCCUUCUUAAAGAAUUAGGUAUCUCGUCUUCCUCUAGCACUCAGAGUUAUCCUCAACCGAUCCUCGGGUACUCGGUUAAUAAACAGGUC